CAGAAUUUUGCACAUGCGCAUGGCGCCCCGGGCUACGUGGCGCAUCCGGUGUUUGCUUUGGCCAUGGCCUUUGGCGCUGGCGCUUGGGUGGAGCUUCUCAACGCCCGUGCCAACCCGUGUGCCCGUGGAACGGCGAAGCUCGCAGUUAGAAGCCACCUUCGAUGAUCUCUGGACAUUGCUGGCAGAACGCGAAGAGGCCAGAGUUGAUGGAGUGGACACCUCCCUCCAUGAGCUCUUUGCGCCCAGCCCGCGGAGUGCGUGGCAAGAGCUACAAGCGCUGGUGACGGGAAAGGAGGAGCCGGUGGGCUUGAACGACAUGAAGUGCGUCAGUCUCAGGUUGGAUGGUUGCAUGUUUGGCCGCCUCACGCGGCAUCUCCGCCAGAUUGGCCUCAUCGGCCCAGGCUAUUCGAAGGACAUUGGAGAGAUUAUGCGCCUUUGCUGUCGCAUGAUGAUGGACGAGUUCAAAGGAAACGUCGCCUACACCCACAGCGAUGAGAUGACCAUCCUGAUGUUUCCGCACAAAAUGGGCCGACCAGGGAACAGCUUUCAGUGGCCUCACAAUGGCCGCAUUCAGAAAUGGGUGAGCAUCGGCUCCAGCAUGGUCACUGCGCUCUUCAACCGCCAGCUUAGUCAGCUGGCUGAGGCACGUGGCAUCACGCUGCCGACGGAUAUCGUCGCCCAUUUUGACUGUCGGGUCGGGCUCUUCGACUCCGAGAAGGAAGCCCUGUCUUUGCUCCUGUGGCGAGCCUAUGACUGCAGCGUGAACUGCGUUCAAGAUGCAUGCCAUCAUCAGGGUGCUCCCCUCGAAGUUGUCCGGAGCGAUUUCGCGAAGAAGCUGCUGUGGCUGAAGGAGGCGAAGCUGCUGCCAUUGGAUCCUCAUCAGGCGUAUGGCAGCAUGUUUGUGAAGGGUGAGGGCACGUUCAAAGUCAACGUGAGUGACACCAACCAGACAGUCAUUGUGAAGCGAAAGGUGAACAUCCAUGUGAACGACGGCGCUGAGGGCCCUCGGAACCUGUUGCUGUUGCCUCGGCGUCGGCAGGCACUGGUGCCCGAGGAGGGCGACCGGCGUUUGCAGCUGCGUGCUGGCAGCUAUUGGCGCUAUGUGGGGCCCUCGGGCACCGUGGAGGUGCAGGCGUCAUGGCACCGAGGACACUGCGAAUUGACGAUUUUUUUUGGAUAAACUGAUUCUUUGCCCAGAUGAUCGUUCCAAUGCACGAGG